UGUGUGUCGUGUCUUAGUGUUCUUCAUCCUCCCAGUUCAUUAAUGUUCACACUUGUUCGCGCCUCCGUCCGUCAACAAUUAACAGCUGAUCUAAUAAACCGAUCACUUAAGUCUCGCGUCUUCUCUACUUACCCGACGCGUUUAAUGUCCCGUCUUACGAGGCUUAUGCUUUGGAGCUGCUGACUCAUAUUUCAACCUUCCGCCCGUUUUCACUGUCAGAAAACUAAGAUAUAACAGUUUUGUUUGUAUGUAUUUUUCUUCGGCCGACGAGCGAAGACGCGAUGCUGGACAUGUACUCCUCCGACUGCGUGUACGCCACGGCCGUCCCUGGGUCUCACAACGCUCGCAGGUUCUCCGUCACCUCUCUACUACAGCUCGACAGUCCCCAGACUGACAGGAGUGACGAAGAAGAGUUCGGCGUGGAGAGUGAAGACAGCAGGAGGAAAGGCAAACCCCGCCGCAACCGCACGACGUUCAGUAGCGGGCAGCUAGGUGCCCUAGAGAAGGUGUUCGAGAGGACGCACUACCCGGACGCCUUCGUGCGAGAGGAGCUAGCGCGGCGUGUGGGACUCAGCGAGGCCAGGGUGCAGGUUUGGUUCCAAAACAGGAGAGCUAAGUUUAGACGUAAUGAGAGGACAUUGGUGAGCCAGAGGAACACAGGACGGCCCGUGGAGACUCAGAGUGCGGAGCCCCGCUUAGCGGCCCGUCCGACAACUUCAGUGCUACCUAAUCCAGGUUUGCCCAGCCACACUGUGGAUUACUAUGGGUCCUGGAAGACGGCACCUCAGUACCAAGUGUUGUCCAGUCCUCCUGCACAUCCACCCCCAUGUGCUUUCCUCACAACCGGAUUACAGACUUCUGCAUACAGUCCACUGCCUAUCCAUGGUUCAUGUACAGUAUCUACAAGUAUAGCAAAUCUCCGUUUCCGGGCACACGAAUACACUCUCCACCCCUCACAUCUGUAGUUUUCCAUAGAUAUUAUCUAGUUUUAGUGUUAGAGAACUUUAAUACAUUAUUGAAUAUUUACAAAUAAGACAUUACAUUUAGAUACAAAAACCAAUGUAUAAAUAUUAAAGUUAAUGUAAUUUUAUUCCCUUGAGUGCAAACAUUGUGUAGUAUAAGGUAGCUCUAUGAACCAGUGCAAAUAAAUUGUUGUUCAUUUUUAAUAUUGAAACAUUCUUACCAAGGGUAAUUUUAAGAACAGUCAUGUAUUUUGAUAUCUUUAAAAACUAUGCAAAAGUAAACUUGUUUAUUUUUAUGAAUUGGAAAAUUACUAAGCACUUAGAAAUAUGUAAAUGAAAUGAAAUGAAAAAUGUCUUUAUUAGAG